CUUUAGGAACGUUGUUACCAUCUGGACAAAAUUCUACCACUUAGUUUAAGUCUUCAAAGUGUUUUAACAUUUCGAGAACUAAAUUCUAUCGUUAUAUGAUGAGUCGAAGAAACUGAUCAGUGGAAUAUAUGCUUCUUUCUACACUUACAAAGGUCAUACAUCACAAUGAUAGUGGUGUCUCUAGCGGUGUUUGUAAUACAGACACUUCUUAUCAAAGCACAGAUACCGGCUGUAAAUGUUACACCUGGAGAAUACUCGUUAGACCUCACCUGGACAGAGAGUGACCGGGAUAUCAAUUAUACAGUUGGCUAUGGACUGCCAGGCAACAUCUCAUAUAAGGAUGUUGACCGAACUCUGGGGUCAGAUUUCGUCUCUUAUAGCAUCAUUGACCUUGAACCUGGGGUCAUGUACCAGGUCAACAUACGAAGUGCUGGCACAUCUGUAUACAACGCUAAUCAUACAACAAAACCUCUUCCUCCUACGAGUAUCAGUGUGGAUGAAGCGGGUACAGAAAACUUGUAUAUCUCCUGGACACCCAACUCGGACAGUGUCCAGGAUGCCUACAGAGUGUACCUGACAGGGAUCACUAAUUUCUCCGAGGUGUACGAGUCGGAACUCCUCACAGUACUGUUCCAUAAUAUCACUGGCGUGUACCCCGGCCAUGUCUACACCAUCACUGUCGUCGCCUCGAGUCAUGGUGUACUCAGUAACUUCUCUACACUUAUUGAAGAUAACACAGUGCCGCUAUCCCCCAUUAUACAGAGUGUAGUGGCGCUAGACAACAGUAGUCUCAUGGUGUCCUGGGUUACGGAGAUCCACAGCACACGGGAUUAUGAGAUGUUUACAGCAACAUACAACACUACCUUUGGUCUGGCAGAAGAGGUCAACUUGACCUGUAAUGUCACAAUGUGGUCGAGCUGUGUCGCAGAUGUACCCGGUAUCCCAGGACAGACAUUACUACUUAAAGUUUUCUCUGUCAAAGGAGUGAGGAGGAGCGAUGCUGAUUCUGCCUAUCACAGCUCAAAGCCGGACCCCUUGAUAGACAUGAUUGAACUGGAGAGCUCACCGACUGAUCUGUACCUACAACUGGUGCCUCCCAUUGUUUCAAGUUUUCAGCAGUUUCUCUUCAACGUCAUCAUUGACAGUGUCUCGUUCCACAACUUCAGUGUCCCUCCAACAGAAACAAACGUCACUCUCCACAACCUUACUGGAGGGACAGCCUAUAACAUUUCAGUCAUAGUGGCAUCACAAUGGGAGGAGAGUAACUCUUUCUCUGACAUGUUUUAUACAGAUCCUUUCCCACCCGGGUCGGUAGAAAUCUCUGACUCAGGAAUCGCCCACACCUCCCUCAAAGUCAUCUGGCAAGCUGUUAGUAGUGGUAGCCUUGGUUACUAUGAAGUCAGCAUUUCUCCCAAGGAACCUCAGACAAUCUCACCUGUUAUGGACUACAAUGUGGAUCAGCGCGCUGCUCAUUUUGAGAAGUUGGUUGCAGGGAAGAUGUACACAGUAUCAGUUGUGUCAGGAGCAGGACAGAAAAAGAGUGGCCCCACAGAAAGGGUUGUCUGGACACGGCCAUAUCCCCCUGUCAAUGUUUCUGCAACUGCUUUGAGUGGUCGUGUCAUAGAAGUAACCUGGGAACGGCCUGUCGAUGGAAUGGUGGAGAAUUAUUUGGUCACAGCAAAGUCCACUCUCCUGGACAGUGUUUCUCCUGUACCAGUCACUGUGUCUAUACCAGGACACAGCUUCACCAAGCUCCACCCUGGAGAGACGUACGACAUCACUGUGACCUCUCUCAGUGGCAAUGUGUCCAGUUCAGAGAUCAAAGUUCAGGCCACCACAAAUCCGACUUCUGUUGCUGAACUGUAUGUAGACUUUGUGGGUACCUCCACUAUCAACGUUUCCUGGCCUCGCCCAGAUGGGUCAAUGUUUGACAUGUAUGAGCUCAGUAUCUCUCCUGAGGACACCACAACUCCUGUCACCAUCUUAGAGACCCAGGGCCAACUCCACCACAGCUUUGAUGGUCUGAAUCCUGGUACCCUAUACAACAUCUCCAUCCAGACCUUUGUCAACAACAGCAGAAGUGACGAAGCAGAGGUGGCCGUUAUAACAAAUCCUUUACCAGUGGAGUCACUCAAUGUGUCCUCCCAUGCCUCAAGUAGUCUGUACGCACAGUGGCAGGUCUCCGACACACGCCAACAGUCCUAUUUCGAGGUGGUUUACCAGACAAUAUACCAGGUGGAGAAUACCUCCCUGCCACAGAUCCCUGAUGUUGACGGACAAUUAGGCUACAGUGAGACCCUGUACAACUUGUCCGCAGGACACAUGUACCAAGUGUCUAUCCGAGCCGUUCAAACCAGUGGCAACCUGUCGGCCUAUAGUUCCUGGGAGUCAGCAUCUAAAACUACAAAACCCAAGCCUGUUCUGACAGUCAUGGCCGUCCUGAUUGGCAGAGAUGUAAAACUCAGGUGGACACCUGACCCAGAAAGUACUCAGGAUCACUACUAUGUUUUGUACCGGGGAACAAUUGCGGGGGUAAAUCCAAGCUGGAAGCAGACAUUGUCCAAUACUACAGAGCUGCUGGUGACUGGACUGUUCCCAGGGGAACACUAUGACAUGUUAGUCAUCGCUGGAAGUUAUGGAGAAAUGAGCCCUCAUAGAAAUGUCUCUGUGCAGAUUCCUCCUCUGGAACCUACUGAUUUGCUGAUCAAUACGUCCUUGACAACCGAGAACACACUGUCACUAUCUUGGUCGUAUAACAGAAGUGUGAACUAUAUUGAGGAGUACAAGCUUGAUUAUCAGAGUUACCGUUCAAGCUUUGUUCAAACAAUGACCAUUCCACAACCAAACGACACGGUAGAAAGCCUUGACCUUGUUCUGGGAAAUUUGACCUCUGGGGAAACUUACAAGGUCACAUUGAAAAGUAGUACAAGUGAUGUUUACUCUGGGGAAGUCCUAAGGAACUCUACCCUCAAACCUGAAUGCUUGACGUUACUCACAGAAGGUGCAAAUGCAACUGACAAGAUUACUGUUCAGUACACAAACACAUCAAACUACUUUGAUCAUUAUGUUUUCUACUUGACCAAUGAGAGUGGAUGGCCAGCCGUACAGAAGGACAGACUGGACACGGACAGAAGUGUCAUGUUUCCUGGUUUAUCAGGAGGAACAGUUUACGGUGUGAAGGUGGUCAGUGUAGCUGAAGAUCAGACCAGCGACCCACUUUAUAUCUAUAUACAGACAGUGCCAAAUCAGCCUCAUGUUACGCAGUCGAAAACAUCAUCAGAAAUAACUCUCACAAUCCACAAGCCUGAAGGUCACGUGGAUAGCUUCAUGGUGGUGUGUUUUCGUGACAAAGAUCCAUGUGGGAUUCACAGUCUGGCCGUGACAUCAGAUAGACACUCUGUUACGUUUGAUAAUUUAUUGCCCUUCACAAUGUAUAACUUCCAAGUGGUGGCCAUUGCAGGGAUCAAACAGAAUUCUGUAUUUCCCAGGAUCACGACUAAUGAAGCUGCACCUUCUGAAGUCCGGGACCUGAAGGCGGUGGAGUCAUCCCCCUUGACAGUCAACCUGACAUGGAGGCCACCUUUAGUGCCUAACGGCAUUAUCUCGGCCUACUUAGUGACUUACACAAGUCAGCUUGGCGGGACUGGUGGUAGCCGAAACCUGACCCUGGCUGGGAGUCUACAGUACCAGAGUGUAUACAAUAUGAACUUCACCAACCUUCUGGCUGGUCACACCUACUUCUUCACGGUUUAUGCAAAGACAGUCACCGUGGGAUUGGCAGCAAUGUACAACAUUACACUAAGGACUUAUCCCCCUCCAAUUGUGGAUGCUGCCAACUCUAUACCUAAAGGUGUUACUGACAAAGGUAUUGCCACCGUGACUCCGUCUACAAUUAUAGUCCAUUUCCCAAAUCCGUUCUCUUCGAAAUAUGGAAAUAUUAUUAACUACACAGUGAUAGUUGCUACCGAUACAGCUGAGCAGUAUACCAACACACACGCCACUCUCCCAGGAUGGAAAGCCGCCCAAGUCGACCCCAGUAUUAAGGCAUACCAGGCCAUUGCUAAUUGUUCCUCCUUCUUUGAGGAGACUUCCACAUGCAAUGGCAUGUUUCGUCUGCACAAGAGGAGUGUCGUCAUGGACUACAAGGUGUUUGAGAUUGGUACAGAGUCCAAUUGUUAUUCACGGUCGUAUUGUAACGGGCCUCUACAACCACAGACAAAAUAUUACGUCAAACUUCGAGGAUACACUGAAGGGGGCUACACAGACACUAAUUACUCCAAACCCUUCUUAACCAGUCAGAUCAUUGAGGAGAAUAAUGUAGGAGGAAUCAUUGGUGGGGUAGUGGCUACAAUUCUACUGGUCAUCAUCUUCAUCAUUGUCUUCAUCGUCUUCCGACGUGUGCGCGACCGCCGCAGUAACAUGUACAAGGAACGACACUCACAGAGACUCAGUAUGACACCUCGGUCAUCUCUCCGCAAAAACAAGAAAAGUCACCCCAUCACUAUUGCUGAUUUCAGCAACCACAUCAUAGCCAUGUCAGCAGACUCAGAUUUCAAGUAUGCAGAACAGUUUGAAGACCUGAAAGAGAUUGGGCGAGAACAGCCAUGCUCAGCAGCUGAACUACCAGAAAACCGAGGAAAGAACCGAUUUACAAACAUUCUGCCGUAUGAUCACUCGCGCGUGAAGCUUCUCCCCACAGAUGAUGAGGAAGGCUCCGACUACAUCAACGCCAACUAUAUGCCUGGUUUCAACUCCAGACGUGAAUAUAUUGUGACCCAAGGAGCUUUACCAUCUACACGGGACGACUUCUGGAGAAUGAUUUGGGAACAGAAUUCGCGUAAUAUUGUCAUGUUGACAAAGUGUGUAGAGAAAGGCAGGGAAAAAUGUGACCAUUACUGGCCUCAUGGUACGGACGCUAUGUUUUAUGGUGACCUGCAGGUGGCAGCACUAAACGAGACAAAAUUUCCGUCUUGGACUAUCACGGAAUUUCGCUUGUCACUGGGAGAUAUAUCCCGACAGAUUCGCCACUUCCAUUUCCUAGCUUGGCCUGAUUUUGGUGUUCCAGACAAGCCCCAGACACUGAUCCGCUUUGCGAGGACUGUUAGAGACAAAUUGAACCGGGAAUGUGGUCCUAUAGUGGUCCAUUGUAGUGCUGGCGUGGGGAGAUCUGGGACAUAUAUUGCACUGGACAGACUGCUACAGAACAUCAGUGAACAUGGGGAGGUGGAUAUCUUCCAAACGGUAGCCGAGAUGAGACGAGAACGUGUUUGGAUGGUUCAGACUGAGCAACAGUACAUCUGCAUUCAUCAGUGCAUACUCUGUGUCGUAGAAGGCCGAGAGGAUGAACAUCACGUCUACGAAAACGCAGCAUUCGCUAAUGCAGGUUAUGAAGUCUCGACUGCAUAAUGGAAGGAUUUCCCAUUGUUGUGAUGAUGAAGGUAUCAAUGUAGAAGUGCCAUGAGUCCUUACUAGAUCACAACAGACCUAAAGAUUAGGAAGAAGGAAAAAACGAGAUUAAAGUGAUUUGUCACACGACACACAAUGUCAUCCUGGUGAAGGAAAACACACAACAAGGGAACCCAAUGCGGUGCCUCACUUUGUACAUGGCAAGCUUUUGAUAUCAUGUCUUGUAAACUGCUUAUGGCAUUUCAUAUGAGUCUGUUAUAAAGGUACAUUUUUAGUGUGUAUUAAUUUAGUCAGUACUGGGAUUGUGCAAAGCUCUGUACUGUUGAGAUACAGGUAAAGUAUCAGUAUUAUAGGUCUACUGAUGACCCAGGGCAUUAACUGUCAUUGUUAUUUCUGUCUCACCUCAGACACUACAGACUCCAUUUCUUACAUUGUGGUAAAUCAAGGGAGAUAAUUUUCACGUCAUGUUGCCUUCACAGUUCAUCUACCAGUGCCUAUAAAUUUAUUCAUAUUUAUUGUGCCUUAUUUUUCAAGGUAUUGCGAUCAUACAUUGUUAAACAUUCCAGACUGUUUAAUUUUAAAACUGUUUUAGUAUACACAUAUGUAUUUUUUUGUGGAAACAUCUUAUACUCUGGGUACACCAACGUUCCUACAUAUGGAUCAAAUAUACUUGGAAAUCAGCCAAUCCCUUUAAUGUUAACAUACCCACACGGGUACAAUCAUGACCAUGAUUCUUUAAAGUAGGAAUGUAGCAUGUCCUGUUUGCCAAGGGAGAUAACUUUUUGUAUUUAACCAAGGGAGAUAACAUGUCGGUUAUCAGGGGAGGUAACUUGUGUUUACCAGGAGGGUUAACAGGAGUUUUCUGGGCAGAUAAAUUGGUUCAUAGUUUUGAGCUUUAUUUGUACAUGUCUUUGUUACAAAACAUUAUCAUUUAGUUGUGAUGGGGUAAGAAGUAUUUUUGAAUUAUUGAAAAAAUCUUUGAUAUAAGUGUUCCAACUGUUAUUGCAGUAUGAGGCUUUUUGGGGCCACAACACUUCAUGUACUGCAUCUGAUGUGAUUUGAAAUCUUAUUUUCAAUAUUACACAAUGUUAAUUUGAGGAGAAAUGAUUUUAUGACAAAUUCAUUUGCAAUGAGAUGGUAUCCGAUCCACGACUCUCAUUUAAAAUAUCCAAUCCAUUUUGUAGUAUUGUCACUUUAGGUGUUGAAGGGGGAACUACUGACAUUAUCAAAUUUCAAUAUCAAUUGUUUGUGUUCAGUUUUUUUCUGAUGAAUUUUUAGAUAUAAUUUUCAAGCCAGCAUUUCACCAUGUUAUUUUUAGAUUGAAAACAUGACACACUGGUUUUUGCUGUUCCUGCUUGUUGAAUUACUUGAGGCAGACAAAGUAAUAUUGAUGUGUGUGAUAUGUUGGUAACAGAGGAAGCUAUGGCUGUACAUCACAUUACAUGUUUGUCAUUGAUGUGUGGUGCUAGUGAUGACUAGAUAUCCUGAUGUAGCUCUCGGGUAGGUUUUGUUACACUGGAGGGUAUAAUAUUUCAUAUCUCACAAGCUAUACCUUGGUUAUAUUGAAUACUGUAAAUCUAGUAUUCAUAUCAUAUGUACAUAUACACUUACAAGUCUCAGGACCUGUCCCUAAGAGAUUAGUCACUGUAAGUUCAGAUGUGUGUUACGGUCAGUCAUGCAAGACUUUAGGAGUCCAUGCAAUCAAAUAUUUUCACCUGUUUUUUUUAUUUGUGUGUUUUCUUCACAUUAUCUUACAUAUAACUUCAG